UUAAUUUUAAAGAUGAAAAUCAAGAUUAUUUCUGCUUUUUUUCUGUGCCUGGCUAUUUUGCUUAUGAAAGUCAAAACUGGUUCUACAGUUGAGAAAGAGCCUGUAGUUGAUGUUGUGACAGUAACUCCAAAAGUUCGAUCGUAUUCUAUGUCUAUAGUGGAUACUACUACAGAAGAAGAAUCAGAGGUAGAAUUGAAAUCACGAGUAGUUCGCUCUUCAAUGUACUGCCAAUUACCAGCAGAUUAUGGGGACUCAGAAAUAGCAUGCCAAAGGUUCCCAACUUACGUGACAUGUGUCCAAACUUGCGUGUUCGGUCAUAGUUUUAGAAGUGGCGAAAUUUCAAAACAUUAUGAAUGUAGAUAUGGUCAAUGGACACCAAGUCAGCCUUUUCAAAAGUGUUAUCCCUUUAUGGAUAUGACUCUCACCGUGUUACCCGGUGGAAAGACGAAGUGCUGGUACAAUUUUAUGGACCACGGUCCAAUAUGUGAGAUAGAAUGUAGCCAUUAUGAAGAUAUGCUUGCAGUGAGAAGAGCAUUUUACAUGUUCAGUCAUCAUGGGGGGUGGACUCCUUCAUUACCAUUUUGUACUCAGCCUGGGUCAAAUGUAGCACUGCUUCCAGCACCACAUUUUUCUAAUUAUAACUACGUUAAAUAAUCAACUUUGCCUCUCUGCACUUUCUAUGUGAAAUUCUG